AUGCCUCAUAUCGCAAACACACCCGAGUCCGUACUGUCUCGCUCGGAUUCACUAGACCCAGCCACGACAUGCAGAGGCGUCACCGCAAAUGGCCGACCAUGUCGCCGUGCCCUAGCUGCCUUUACAGGACCGCAAAAAGACACAGCUUCGGCUUCCAUGUACUGCUGGCAGCACAAAGAUCAAGCGGUACCAGUACCAGCGUCGAAUAAUCCGAGAUCAACCCGCCCCUCACAGAACCCACGGCCGAAGCCGCGAACAAGCAUUGACACUUUGAUGGACCGGCUGGGCGUUCUGGAGAUCAACGACCCGCAGGAGAAACCAGCCCAGUACCGACGCCGGAAACCAAAAAAGCGGACAGUAUGUUGCUGUUUCGAGAUCGCGGAAGAAGUCGAGGACGAGCGGCCUCCGAGGCCUGUGAAAGUGAGCACGACUGCGAACACGGCAGAUGCCCGUCCGUCACGGCCUAUGCAGCAGGUCUCAUCCAGCUCGUAUCCUGGACGACCUACGCCGCCGGCCCAGAAACCAUCAUCACAGUCGACAUUACUACCGCCUCGGCCAACAUCCCACCGGCCAUCGCUGCAGAGUAGCCCGGCGUCUUCCUCCUCACACACGACGACCCUCCUCGCAUGGAUCCCUCCAACACUAACCCCGCAGACAACCUCUUGCCUGCUCACGGAGCUGGCGAAGCCCAUCUCCGAAGCGGACGAACCGGGCUACAUAUACAUGUUCUGGGUGACGCCGUCGAACUCCAUGUCAUCGCCGCCUCCCGCUGAAGUCGCCAGAUCGCUCGUUCCGGAAGCCCACAGAUCAGCGCACACGCACCGCGUCAGCGACGCACUCCAAACAGCGCGCGAGAUGAAUGCCCUAACCUCCAAACCGACCAGUCAGGCAUCUGGUACCAUCCGCCUGAAGAUCGGCCGGACGAGUAACGUGCAGCGUCGACUGAAUGAGUGGUCAAGGCAGUGUUCGCAUCAUCUGACUCUGAUCCGUUACUACCCGUAUACACCAUCGACGCCGUCUCCUUCGCCGGGUCGAUUGCAGUCUGAAGGAAAUCGGGGGAAUAGCUACGCGUCCUUAGAGCCGGGGAGGAAAGUGCCCCAUGUCCAUCGCGUGGAACGACUGAUUCAUCUUGAGCUGGGAGAUGUCAGGGUUCGGGAUCUGGGGCGGUGCGAGGAGUGUGGGAAGGAGCACCGGGAGUGGUUCGAGGUUGCAGCGGAGAAACAAGCGUUGAAACGGGUGGACGAGUGUAUCAGAAGAUGGGUGGAGUGGGCAGAGAGUCAGAGGCUGUGA